GAUUUUUCCGGAAGUCCGUCGGAGCCUGGUGGUGUUGGCGCGAAGGCGAUCAUUCUGACAAAGAGCAGCUCUUUUCUUGUUUGUCUUGUAUCAGUUUUUUCCCCCCAUUGUUAUCUCUCGCCGCGGCUAAACAACCAGAUACGCCGCCAUGGCCGACAAAGAAGCAGCGUUUGAUGAUGCCGUGGAGGAGAGGGUGAUAAACGAGGAAUACAAGAUCUGGAAGAAGAACACGCCCUUUCUUUACGAUCUGGUGAUGACACACGCGUUGGAGUGGCCCAGUCUGACUGCUCAGUGGCUGCCUGAUGUCACCAGACCCGAAGGGAAGGACUUCAGCGUCCACAGGCUGGUCCUCGGCACGCACACGUCAGACGAGCAGAACCACCUGGUGAUCGCCAGCGUGCAGCUGCCCAACGAUGACGCCCAGUUCGACGCCUCCCAUUACGACAGCGAGAAAGGAGAGUUCGGCGGUUUCGGCUCGGUGAGCGGGAAGAUCGAGAUCGAAAUCAAGAUCAACCACGAGGGGGAGGUGAACCGCGCUCGCUACAUGCCCCAGAACCCCUGCAUCAUCGCCACCAAAACCCCCACCAGCGACGUGCUGGUGUUCGACUACACAAAACACCCCUCUAAGCCAGACCCCUCUGGCGAGUGCAAUCCUGACCUGCGACUGAGGGGUCACCAGAAAGAGGGGUACGGGCUGUCCUGGAACCCCAACCUUAGCGGAUACCUUCUGAGUGCAUCCGACGAUCACACUAUCUGCCUGUGGGAUAUCAGCACUGUUCCGAAGGAGGGGAAGGUGGUGGACGCCAAGACCAUCUUCACUGGACACACAGCUGUGGUGGAGGACGUUUCCUGGCACCUCCUGCACGAGUCUCUGUUCGGAUCGGUCGCUGACGACCAGAAGCUCAUGAUCUGGGACACCAGGUCAAACAACACGUCCAAGCCCAGCCAUGCUGUGGACGCCCACACUGCUGAAGUCAAUUGCCUGUCCUUCAACCCCUAUAGUGAGUUCAUCCUGGCCACAGGCUCCGCAGACAAGACUGUGGCUCUUUGGGAUCUGCGGAACUUAAAACUGAAGUUGCACUCCUUUGAGUCUCAUAAAGAUGAAAUUUUCCAGGUCCAGUGGUCUCCUCAUAAUGAAACCAUCCUGGCAUCGAGUGGCACCGACAGGAGACUCAACGUCUGGGAUCUCAGUAAAAUUGGCGAGGAGCAGUCGCCGGAGGACGCUGAAGAUGGACCCCCCGAACUCCUGUUCAUCCACGGCGGCCACACAGCCAAGAUCUCCGAUUUCUCCUGGAACCCCAACGAGCCCUGGGUCAUCUGUUCGGUGUCAGAAGACAACAUCAUGCAAGUGUGGCAGAUGGCUGAGAACAUUUACAAUGACGAAGACCCAGAGGGAACAGCAGAUGCAGAAGUACAAGGAUGAGGAAAACGCAAAAAGCUUCUCCUUUUCCUGUCCCCUGUACUUGUAAGAUUACAGACGCAGUGGCAUACAAAGCUAAUUUUAAUUCACCAGGAACCGUUUUGCUGUGGAACGAACAGUGGCAGAGGCAACCUAAAGUGAAAGAAAAAUCCUACAUCCUGAAGAAAAACUGCCCCUCUUAUUGCUGUAAUAUCAAGUGUAUUUUUAACAUGUGGACAACUAAUUCCUCUGUAUAUAUAGAAAACACAUAAAAAAGAAUAAUAUUGUAAUUUUUGUAGGGAAGAACUUUUUAUAAAACUGACUCAUGAGUCAAAGUUCAGGGGACCUUCUCAGCUGUUAAGGGUUGGUGCGGAGCUGACAUUUGCAACACUGAAGAAAGAAACUUGCUGAUUUAAUGCUGUUAUUUUCAGUCCGGGAAAAUAACCGGAAAAAAUGCCUGUUGUAGAUUUAUUGAGCCUUUCUUGCCCCUGCAGAUUGAGAUUGUCUAUUGCACAUUUUGGUCUCUGUGUUUUUUAAUCAAUGUACCAAUUAAUAGUUUAUGGUUUUUGAAUUAACUGUUAGCUUGGGGAUCCAGCUCCCUUUUUCGUUCUAGACCUAGGGCUGACUCAGUGUGAUCGGAAGUCUUUUUGUUUUUGUGGGGUAAGGAAUUCUAAGGCUUUUAGAAAGGUGAGAUGUCAUUAGGCAUUUACAAAUUCCCCGUUAUCUUCUGCAUUCUUCAUCGCAUGUUAUUCGUUAUGAAUUGUGGUGAGCAUGCUGGUGUGUUAUAAGCUGAUUGGGCCCCAGUGUUGAUGGGUUAGGAAUACACAUCCCUUAAUCUGUAUUAGUAAAGGGGUGGUAAUUUUUCUCUUCAUGAAUUCAGCAAGUCUAGCUUCUGAAAGAAAUUAAACUAAACAUGGAGAUUUGUGCUUAAAUAAUGUUGCUCCGAUUAGACGACUCAGGUUUUUCAACUUUUCCAUGUUAGCAAAACGUACGUCAGUUUUAAAAAUCACUUUCUAUAAGAUUCAAAAUGUUUUUAUCUCGGAAAAUUAGCUUUGUAUUGUCUUUGUGGAUUGAUUUUAUGAGCUGUUCUUUCUACUAGUGUCGUCUUUGUUUUUUUUUUUUGGGUCAAUUUCCUGUUUCAGCAUUGUGACCUUUUUACAUAUGACUUUCCUGUAUCAUAUCCCUCACUUCCCACUUAACUGCUAAUUGUAUAAAGUGCAUUCAAAUA